GCACGGUUUCAGGUGCGGCUCGUGAAGGUUACGGGGACGCGCAGACGGCUGUCACAGGAACUCUGCUAAUGUCACAACAGUAAGCCCUUGUCUUGGAGCGCCUUCACCCCAGAACCAUGUGUCAUCUCACGCCUCUCCUGCUCGCUCUGUCCCUCGCACUCUCCUCCAGUCCUGCAUAUGGUGACGCUGCUGGCAUCUUUGACGAUUCCUCAGGCUAUGGACCUGUGUUUGAGGAGCAGCCCUUUGACACCAUCUACCCCGAGGAGUCUCAAGAGGACAAGAUAAUCAUGAGUUGCCGAGCACGAGCCAGCCCACCUGCCACAUACAAGUGGAGGCUGAAUGGCUUGGACAUUGAGAACCUGGAGGAGGGUAACACAGACUACAGCCUGAUGGGGGGAAAUCUGGUCAUCAGCAGACCUGAUAAGACCAGUCAUGCUGGGAAUUACUCCUGCCUGGCCACAAACGAGUUCGGCACCGUCAUCAGUCGAGAGGCGUCUCUCCAGUUUGGAUAUUUAGAUAUGUUUUCCACAGAGGAAAGAGAAGCCGUGCGUGUGAAAGAAGGUCAGGGAGUGGUGCUGUUAUGUGCUCCUCCUCCGCAUUCCCCAGAUGAUCUUACCUUCCGCUGGAUGCUGAAUGAAUUUCCCAUCUUCAUCCCGCUGGAUAAGAGACGCUUCGUCUCUCAGACCACAGGAAAUCUGUAUAUCGCUAAAGUAGAGGCUUCUGACAGCGGGAACUACUCCUGCUUCGUCUCCAGCUUAUCUAUCGCUAAGAGUGUCUUCAGCAAGUUUAUCCCUUUAGUCCCACAGACUGAGCGUUCUAUUCGGAAAUACGCAGCCGAUAUAAAAGUGCAGUUUCCAGACACGUAUGCUCUUGUCGGCCAGAACAUCACCCUGGAGUGUUUCGCAUUAGGAAAUCCCAUUCCUCAGAUCAAAUGGAGGAAGGUGGACGGAGCGCUGCCUGUCCAUCAUGAGAUCAGCAUGGCAGGUGGACUUCUGCGCCUCUUUAACGUGCAGUAUGAGGAUGAGGGAGUAUACGAGUGUGAGGCACUCAACUCUAAAGGCAAAGACUGGCACAAAGCAAACCUCUAUGUGGAAGCUGCUCCGGAAUGGGUGGAGCAAAUCAGCAGCAGUGAGAGGAACAUCGGCAGUGACUAUACCAUGUCCUGCGUAGCCAGUGGAAAACCCAAACCUCAUGUGUAUUUCUUGAAAGACGGCCAAAUGCAUGACAUGCAUGAGUUGCGCUUCACAGACCUGACAUCUGAUGACUCAGGGAUGUAUCAGUGCAUUGCUGAGAACCGCCAUGGAGUGAUCCACGCCAACGCUGAAUUGCGAGUCUUUGAGGGCGCUCCUUCAUUUGAGUUCAACCCGGUUAAGCAGAGGCUGCUUGCAGCAAAGAAUGGCCGUGUUGUGAUUGAGUGCAAACCAAAAGCAGCACCCAGACCCACGUUUUCCUGGAGCAAAGGCACAGAGCUGCUGUCCAAUUCCAGCAGGAUUUUCAUUUGGGAGGACGGGAGUCUGGAGAUCCGAAACGUUACCAAGUCAGAUGAAGGGAAGUACACAUGCUUUGCUGAGAACGACCGAGGCAAAGCCAACAGCACUGGAUCUCUCUCAGUCACAGAUGCCACUAAGAUCACGCUGGCUCCCUCUAACGCUGACGUGAGCGUGGGCGAAAACGCUAGGAUGCAGUGUGCGGCGUCACAUGACUCGAGCCUUGACAUCACCUUCAUCUGGUCACUUAACGGCCAUGCCAUUGACAAGGAGGAAGAGUACUACCAGUACACCAUUGAUAGUCAGGCAGGUAUGUCUAGCUGUGAGCUGUUAAUUAAGAAAACUCAGCUGAAGCAUGCAGGCCUGUACACCUGCAUGGCCCAGACACCUGUGGACAACGUCACCGUCUCUGCUGACCUGGUAGUGAGAGGGCCUCCGGGAGCUCCAGGAGGAGUGCGUGUGGAGGAGGUUUUGGCAAAGUCUGUGAAGCUUUUCUGGAGUCAUGGCACAGAUAAUCUCAGCCCCAUAUCCAAAUACACCAUCCAAUACAGAGAGACCAGAACCGAGGAGGAAUGGAAAGAUGCUGUAACCUCUCCUCGCAAUGUAGAAGGAAAUGCAGAGAUGGCCAUGGUAGUUGAUCUGCAUCCUUGGACUGAAUAUGAGUUUCGGGUCAUCGCUACGAACACUCUGGGUACAGGAGAACCGAGUGAGCCUUCAAGCAAAACCAUCACAAAGGAAGCAGCUCCUGUGGUGGCACCCUCAGAUGUAGGAGGAGGUGGGGGAACAAGUAGAGAGCUCACCAUCACAUGGACGCCUGUUCAGCCACAAUACUACUAUGGCAAGAACUUUGGCUACAUUAUCGCAUUUAAGCCUCAUAAUGACACUCAGUGGCAUAGAGUGACCAUAGCUGACCCUCGUGCCAAUCACUACAUCCACAAAGACCCCUCUACUCCCCCUGCCACAAAGUUUGAUGUGAAAGUAAAGGCCUUCAACAGUGCAGGAGAGGGACCCUACAGUCUCACUGCAGUUGUAUACUCUGCUCAGGAUGCACCCUCAGAGGCUCCCAUCAUUGUAGAGGCCAGAACCCUGUCAGCGACGGAGGCCAUUGUGUGGUGGCGAACACUCACGCAGCAGACAGUUGAGGGCUAUCAGGUGAGGUACUGGAGGAAGUCUGUGGAGAACGAGGCGUCAGCACAUCGCAUCUCCAGCAGAGAGAACCAGACACGCCUGGACAACAUGAAGCCUAACUCCCAUUAUGUUAUAGAAGUGCGUGCGUUCAAUGGUGCAGGUUAUGGACCGGCGAGCCAGAGAUAUGAGAUCCACACAAAGAAAGCACCUCCAAGUCGGCCACCAAAAAUAAUCGGCACAAGGGUGAAUUCCAGUGGAACCUUAGUCAAUAUCGCCUGGCAGCAUGUGGAGGCUUUAGCCAAUGAGUCUGCUGUGGAGAGCUAUAAGGUUCUGUAUAGACAGGAGGGUCACAGCACUGGGACACUGUACACUACAAAUAAGCAGUCCAUAGACCUGCCCAUUCACAAAGAUGGAGAUUACCUGGUGGAGGUGAGGGCACAAAGCAAGGGAGGAGAUGGCGCUUUGGCUCGAGUGCGCAUCUCAGACCAGCUCAGCGUUAGACCGGGUAAGUCAAUAUUUACAGGCCUUUUCUCACGCUUUCUCUCAUGUGAUCAUUUCAAGUUGGAUCGUAUCCUUCCUGCAGUUUGAGUGAAGAAAUUUAUCAGUGUCAGGCACCUGGUGGGUAUGAACAGUUGCUACUAAGCUGAGGGGUGUGGGGGGGCAGUACCCUGUAAUGAUGGAUGACCCUCACCUUUAGGGCAGUUUUCUCCCCUUGCAAUAUUGCACUCAGAACCCUAAUUGCUGAAUGUACAGUAGAUGUAUUCUCACAAAGCUAAGUUAAACUGUACUGUCAAGUGCUACAGUUUGUAUAAUAACACUGUGUUCUUUAAAGAAGAUAAGCCUUGAUUGACUACAGGUCAUUAUGCUGUGUUAUUAUGCAUAACAAAUGGCAUCCUUUCUGACUUUGAACUCCCGACUGCCUCCUUUAUAGUGUGUAUGGAGCCUUACCUCUUUGAGGUUGGAAA